CACGAGUCAAGGAGAUUGCGUGGGCAUGAGGUCUUCUGACGUGCUAUCCAAGUUUCACCCCCUGCUGUAGCCCAUCUGCAAGGUGUGUGGUCACAUUUUUUAUUUAUUUUUUUGCUGACGACAAACAGGAGACUCCAAGGUCAUCCCAGCAUGCUUCUCUGUGACGUUGCCUACCAGCCCCACUUUUGUGUGUGCGUGCGUGCGUGCGUGUGCGUGUAAUUCAUGGCAUCGAUACAGCCUCUGCACCAGUCACCGUGCGCGUUACUACGCCUUUUAGCUCCAAGCACACGAGCAUGCAUGCAGGCAUUAAUCCCCAAGCGUGUGUGUGUAUGUGUGCGUUUGCAUGUGUGUGUGUUCGUGCUCUUGGCACAGCCGUGUGUGUGUAAGUGCGAGCGCACAAGUGAGUGAACCUGAGCAAACACGAGCAGCGGCGGCAGCGGCAGCAGCGGCGGCGACGGCUCUCCAGCGUCACGUUCGAUGGGUGUGCGGUUGUUGCGGGGCUCUCAGGCCUCGCUACAAGAGGCUGGUGGACAACAUCUUCCCGGAAGACCCUGAGGAUGGACUGGUGAAGGCCAACAUGGAGAAGCUGACAUUUUACGCCCUGUCGGCUCCAGAGAAGCUGGACCGCAUCGGAGCGUACCUGUCUGAGCGCUUGUCGAGGGACGUGGCCCGGCACAGAUAUGGUUAUGUGUGCAUCGCGAUGGAAGCGCUGGACCAGCUGUUGAUGGCCUGCCACUGCCAGAGCAUCAACCUGUUUGUUGAGAGCUUCCUCAAGAUGGUCCGCAAGCUGCUGGAGUCCGACAAACCUAGUCUGCAGAUCCUGGGAACCAACUCGUUUGUGAAGUUUGCCAAUAUAGAGGAAGACACGCCCUCCUACCACCGCAGUUAUGACUUCUUUGUGUCCCGCUUCAGCGAGAUGUGUCACUCCAGUUACGAGGACCCCGACAUCCGUACCAAGAUCCGGAUGGCGGGCAUCAAGGGUCUUCAGGGCGUGGUGAGGAAGACUGUGAAUGACGAGCUUCAAGCCAACAUCUGGGACCCUCAGCACAUGGACAAGAUCGUCCCAUCUCUGCUGUUCAACCUGCAGAGUAGCGAGCGCACAGAGAGUCGGUCUCCCUCUCCGCUGCAGGCGUCAGACAAGGAGAAAGAGAGCCCGGUGGAGCUGACGGAGCGCUGCUUCAGGGAGCUGCUGGGCCGAGCCGCCUAUGGAAACAUUAAGAAUGCUGUCACUCCUGUGCUCAUGCACCUCGACAAUCACUCUCUAUGGCAGGGAAAGACCUUUGCUGUGCGUUGCUUUAAAAUCAUCAUGUACUCCAUUCAGUCACAGCACUCCCACUUGGUCAUCCAGCAACUUCUCGGUCAUCUGGACGCCAACAGCAAGAAUUCCGCCACCAUCCGAGCUGGGAUAGUUGAGGUUUUGCUGGAGGCGGCCGCCAUCGCAGCCAGCGGCUCAGUCGGUCCCACCGUGCUGGAGGUGUUCAACACUCUGCUGCGACAGCUCCGUCUGAGCGUGGACUACGAACUGACCGGUUCCUACGACGGCAGCACCAACAUCGGCACCAAGAUCAUCAAAGCUCACGAGGAGAGACAGCUGCAGGAGGCUGUCAUCAGAACCAUCGGUUCCUUUGCCAACACUUUACCAACCUACCAGAGGUCUGAAGUCAUGCUCUUCAUCAUGGGCAAGAUCCCUGUCCCUGGUGUUCACCCGCUACUACCAUCUUCAGGCUCUGAGCCUGAGGGUACGAGGAUGAUUCAGGUUAUGUUACUAAAGUCCUUGGUCCAGGUGACUGCAGGUUUCCAGACCACCAACAUGCUUACAGCGCUGCCGAGCUCCUUCCUGGAGCCUCUGCUCUCGUUCUCCCUAAUCGAAGACCCCGAGGUCCGGCUACUGGUGCUCCAAAUCCUCCUUAGUCUCAUUGACAGGCAUGACAACCGGCCCAAAUUCUCCAACAUAAGCAUUAUCACGGACAUCUCUGUGCUGAAGCUUAAAGUGGACAAGUGCUCCAGACAGGACAACUUGUUUAUGAAAAAGCAUGGCCAGCAGCUUUACCGACACAUUUACCUGGGCUGCAAAGAGCAGAGUAGCGGCAGGCAGCACUACGAGAGUCUCUUCGCUUUGCUCGGUCUUCUCAGCGUAGAGCUUGCCAACGAAGAAGUGGUGGUUGACCUCAUUCGUCUGGCGCUCGCUCUGCAGGACCUGGCUUUGUCCACCGAUGAGGCGCUACCUGUUUAUAACCGCUGUGCAGUCCAUGCGCUCGCUGCCGCCUACCUCAAUCUCAUCUGCCAGCUCACCACUGUCCCAGCCUUCUGCCAGCACAUACAUGAGGUGAUCGAAGUGAGACAAAAAGAAAGUCCUUACCUGUUGCCUGAGGAUGUCUUUAUUGAUGUGCCCAGACUCCCCUCCUCGCUUGACAAGGUAGAAGGCGACGUGCUGUUCCUCCAGUCCAAGAUCACGGAGGUUCUUGGAGGCAGCGGUUACAACACAGAGCGGCUGGCGACCCCCUAUGUCCCUCAGUAUACUGAUGAGGACCGCCUGUCAAAGAGAAAGAGCAUCGGGGAGACGAUCUCACUUCAAGUUGACGUGGAGUCCCGAAACAGUCCAGAGAAAGAGGAGCGGACUCCAGCUGAGGAAAUCACCUUUGAAACGUUGAAAAAUGCAAUCGUGGACAGCGUGGGCAUGGAAGAGCAGGAGAGGGAGCGGAGGAGGCAAGUGGUGGAAAAGUUCCAGAAAGCUCCGUUUGAGGAGAUUGCUGCCCACUGCGGCGCUCGGGCCACGCUGCUGCAGAGCAAACUCAACCAGAUCUUUGAGAUUACAAUCAGGCCGCCGCCGAGUCCGUCUGGGACCUUAUCGUCCGGCUAUGGCCAGAACCAGACUCGCUCGGUGCCCAUCUACGAGAUGAAGUUUCCUGACCUUUGCGUGUAUUGAGACGGCACAGUUACCGAACCUUUCAUCGACCGUUUGGGGAAACUGCAACAGCUGGAGAUGUUUUUUGGUGGAAAGGGUGAAAAAACAUGCAGCUGGGGCAAGCCAAAAUCUCAAGAACAAGCCAUUUUUUUUCCUCUAGCUCGCCAUGGUAGGAAUAUCUUGGACAAUCUUUUCCGUCUUCUGCACUGAUUUUGUUAAUCCUUUUUUUUUUUUCUUUUUUUUUUUUUGUUUGAGCCAAAAGUGCUGUCCAUCCUCCCACUCGGCCAUUGUUUUACCCUUAUUUAUUAUUCUUACAUUACUUUUUAACAGUAUAAUAAUAAGUUUCCCCAAAGUUCAACAAGAGGUUCCCCUUGUCUAAAUGUAUACAUAGAGAGAACUAUAUAAAUCUUUAAGCUCAUGUACAGUCAAGAAGUAUGUGCGUGUAGGUAUGUGUAUAUAUUGUAUAAGAGCUCAAAUUUUAACUGUUGUUAGUGCCCAUCAAGUCUUUAGCUAGUACAAUUUUUCUUGUCAGCGACGAAUUAAAAUAUGUAAGUGCUGCCCUCGUAAAUCCAGAAAAAUCAGAAAUGUUCCUAUUCUGUCUUCGCUCAGGUUUUCUUGGAGUCUAGGUUUGUGGUGUUGCCAUAGCGAUCUGACUCAUGAUGCGCAGGUUGACGCCUCCGUUUUGUGGCGUCUUUCCAACUCUAAGCCAUCUCCAGUAUGUGUAUAAACAAGUCGCAGGUAGUUAAAAGCAAAAAAAACAAACAAAGACAGGCAAUAAAUGAAGCAGUCAGUCGGUAGCAGUUCUUGUGUUUGGAUCGUGGUGUUGCAAGACAGUGGAAGGUUUUAGUCUGGCUAACUCUAUUCCAACAGACUUUCGUCAUAUGGAGCAUGCUGAAGAGGAGACUGACGAGAGUAACCAGCCCAAAACAAACAACUGAAUCAGGCUGUGGUGAAAGCAUGAAAAGCAUCACACAAUUAGAAGGCAAAACAUUGAAGCCCUUGCCUGGCCAACAACUGUUGGUAGCAGUUCUUGCAUGUGUUUCGAUCAUACGUAUGUCUCAACCCACAAUUUCCAUUGUUGUGGUGCUGCAAGACGGUGGAAGGUUUUAGUCUGGCCAAGUCAAUCGAGCAUGGGUUUUGCCUGCAAAAGAGUAGACUAAAGUGAAUAACCGGCCCAAAACACAUGGUCAAAGUGCUUCGGUGAGCGCCUGACAAGUAGGAAUGCAAAAGUUCCAACUAAAAUGAAGCACUUGCUCAGCCAACAACUGUUAGGAGCGGUUAUUGUAUGUGUUUAGAUCGUGGCGCUGCGAAACAGGGGAAGGUUUUAGUAGAUCUUGAUGGACUUAAACCCAAUAGAGCAUGCAGAAGAGGAUACUGACAGGAGUAACCUGGGCAAAGAAAACAACACCUGAACCCACAAUCGCAGUUGUUGUUGUGCUACAAGACAGUGGAAGGUUUUAGUCUGGCCAAGUCAGUGUCGCCAGACUUAAACCCUAGAGAGUAUGCGUUUUACCCGCAAAAGAGGAAACUACAGUAAAGUGAGAAACCAUUCCAAAACAAACAACAACUGAAAUAGGCUACAGUGGAAGCCUCUCAAAAGUGAGAAUGCCAAAGUUUGAACAAAAACGAAACACUCUCUCAGCCAACAACUGUCAGUAGCAGCCGUGUAUGUUUGGAUCUGUGUGUGCGAUUCAACAAUUCCCAUUGUUGUGGUGCUGUGAGAGUUCAUCUAUUAUCUGCCGCUUCCCUGAAUUAAGGCGGUCUGAUCCCGUUUGUCUCCGACUGUCAUGUGUAACACGGUCUGGUCGCCCCUCGCGAAUGGACAUCCUCAUCUUCGUGUGGUUGGUUUCCGCUUCUCUGUUGUCUCUGUUUAUUGUUUGCGGUUCGCAGUCAUGUCUUGUGACCUUUGGUCGUCCAAGUUGUCUAUGAAGCGUCCCAAGGGAUGUGAUUCUCUUCUAAUGUCCCAGACCCGGCGUACUUUUGUCAUUCCCCCAUGUAGUUAUGGAUAGCUUUGUUUACAACGUAGUGCUCGUGUAGGUCAAAAAUUCAUUCUGUGAACUUUGCACUUUAAAAACUGGAGGACCUAGUGACCAAGGCAGCUUUAUUUUGUUAAGUUUUUUGGGACGUGAAUGGAAAAUGCCUUAGCGGUCGGUGUGUCCUGCCUGACGUUGCAUGCUCCUAUAAUGUGUUAGUUCUACAAUAAAAGUUGCCAGUCGACCACAAUCAUUUUGCUUGGAUUCUCUCGUCUUUUUUCAGGCACACCUGGCACCACGAUGUGAAAAGGAAUUUAUUGUGCAGUUUUGAAUUUACG